AUCAAAACUCUUUCAAAUUUGGUCACUAGUACAGCUGGUUUGUAUUGCAAACCGCCAUUAGCAAAACUUUUCGACAGAUUUUAAAGCCUUUACAUAGUUGUACAACAUUAUAAACCUUCCGUAUUGAGCUAGUUCUAUUCCAGUUAUAAAAUGGGAAUAUUUAACAGCAAAGUAGCCCCAGUGAACAAAAAUAAACACGAUAUGUCGCACAGCAUAGAUCCGCGCUCACCAACGGUCAAUAUCAAUCGUAGCCCUAUUACGAGUGAGAAUAAUCAAGAUAAACCGGCCAUCACAAAAGUGCGUGAUUUAACGUCGGAUCUGACCGAAAUUUUUGAUAGUGCCCAAUCACCAGAACGAGCAGUUGGGGAGAAACUUCAAAUUAUGCUCGAUCCUCGUUCACCCAGCACAUUUGAUCGGACCCCACUUGUUUUGGAUGAUUCAAAUGCAUCGAACACAUCAGUACAGGAUGCCUCGUUAGAAUACGUAGAAAUUAACGAACCUGGCAAUAGUAGUGAGGAUAGCUCGAUUUCAUUCAAAGAUUGCGAAACCCUUCCGGAAGUGGUAACUGCAGUGCCUUUGGAGAAUAAUAGUUUGUUCAGUGAUAUGAGUUUUAAUACCGAAUUGAAAGCCCAAAUUGACGAUAUCGUACAAGGACUCUACGAUGCUGCAAAAGAUCCUCGUUCACCUUCGAUAAAUAUCCAACGGACACCCAUUGUGUUCGAAGAAGAUGACACAGUGGAGGAGAAAAACGAACCAAUCAAAAAGGACGAGAAGAUGUACAAAGAAAGUAAGAAACCACAGGAACAACCUUCAAACUUAAUCUAUUCGAAUGAAAAUAAUUUGGUAACCACACCGAAGCGUGGCACUUUGGACAUGACUGCGCCAUCAAAGAAUAACGUUAUUUCUGCACCCCGGACACCUUUGGGUUGUGUAACGAACCUGAAAACCCCUGGAAACAAUGUCGCAAAUAAUAUGCGCAAAACAGCACUCUUUGGACAGAUGAAGCAGAAUAUAAUCACGGUAGAGAACAAUACUGAGUUGGUUUCGACUAAAGUUUCGCAGCCACGAUCUAAAAUCCCCACGCUACGACUGAAGUGAUGAUCUUAGAACAAAUGCUAUGGUAAGCGGCAAUUAAACCACCCAUAAACACAGGUACACAAGUUGUAUGAAAACCGUCAGUUGAAUAAUCGAAUCGACCUAGUUGUAGUUAACAUUCUAUUUUGUGACCAACUUUGUGCACGUUUAUAGAAAGCAACGAGCAUCAAUAAAAAAAACCUUUUCCUAAA